GAGCCAGAGAAGCGCAGAGGCGGCGGCGGCGGCGGCAGCAGCAGCAGCAGCAGCAGCGGCGGCGGCGGCGGCGCCGGCGUCGCUCCAGUCAGCCACUCCACUCCACUCCACUCACUCCACUCCACUCCCGGCAGCCGAGCGAGGAGAGCUCUCCGGCGACUCCGUGGGCAACGGGACUAGCCGGGACUCGGGCUCUCUCUUGGUGGCCCCAGAGCGCACCCGCAUCUGCACAGAGGGGGACCGAGGGGCGAAGGCAGAAGGGCUCCAAAAUGGGAGGCAAGCUGAGCAAGAAGAAGAAGGGCUACAACGUGAAUGAUGAAAAGGCAAAAGACAAGGACAAGAAGGCUGAGGGGGCAGGUGCUGAGGAAGGGGAGGCUGCGAAGGAGAACGAGCAGAGCCAGCAGGCCACAGUGGAGGCCACGGAGGUGAAGGAGAACAACAAGGAGGAGGCGGCGGGCAAGGAGGCCCCAGCGGAUGCCAGCAAGGCUGAAGAAAGCGAAGGGGAGAAAGAGAAAGCAGGGGGCCAGGAAGAGCCCAAGAAGGCUGAGCCAGAGAAGGGCGAGGCCGUGGUCGAUGCAAAGGCCGAGGCUCCGAAGAACCAUGAGCAGCAGGUGGCCAAGCAAGAGGAACCCAGCUCAGCGGCUCCUCCACCAGCCAGCAGUGAUGCCCCUAAACCCUCUGAGUCCAGCAGUGAUGCAAAAGUUCCCCAGCCUUCAGAAGCCACAGCCACUAGUAAAGUAGAUGACAAAGGCAAAGAGGAAGGGGAGGCCAAAAAGACUGAGGCUCCUGCAGUACCUGCAGCUCAGGAAACUAAAAGUGAAGUAGCCCCAGCUUCAGACUCAAAACCUAGCAGCAGCGAGGCUGCGCCUCCUUCCAAGGAGACCCCAGCAACAACAGAAGCACCUAGUUCUACUCCGAAGGCUUCAGAGCCUGCAGCCCCACCAGAGGAAGCGAAACCAUCUGAAGCUCCAGCAACUAAUUCGGAUCAAACCAUAGCAGUGAAAGAUUAAAUUGGACAGCCUGUUGGGAAACAAAACAAAACAAAACAAAACAAAACAAAACAAAACAAAACAAAACACACAAAAUUAACCACUUACAACCUGUGUCUUUUUUUCCCUUUUCUUUUUAUUUUUAAUUCUCUUGUUUUCAGCUCUACUAACUUGUUUCCGAUCUGAAAUAGCGAUAUGUAUUGCCCAGGGAAAAAUUAAAAAAGGAAAAAAAAAAAAUAAAACGAAAACGAAAAUGGAUUGUCCCAUUAAGUUUGAGAGGGAGGGGAGGGAGGGGUGGGGUGGGGUGGUUGCUCUGGUGGGAAACCCGAAUAGUAUUUUUGUGGGGGAAAUAUCUCUAAUAUACUUUCUGCCAACUUCACAAUCCAAAUCCUGUACUUCAACCAGUAAUUAAAAUAAGAAAACUACACUGAAGUCUGAAAGUGCAGUACCUCUCUUUUGUAUCUGAAUUGCUGUAAAUGCACUCCACUGAUCUUUCGAUCUUUUCUUUCUUCUUUUUCUCUAAUGGGGGUUUGGGAGUGAUGAAGAAUUGAUUCUGCCCUCUGGGCUAGUACCAUACCAAUCAGAUCUUUCCGAAAGCAGUAUUUUCUGUGGGUUUUUUUUUUUAAAUUUACAGCCUUUAUCAUUUUGUAUUUUUUAUGCAGUGGAUGAAUGGCAACUUUCAGACAAGACUCACGUAGCUGUCCACAUUUUUUCUCAGUGCUAAUCCUCCGGUUCUUCUUCCUCUCCAAAUAUUUUUGGGAGUUAAAAAUAAAAUAAAAUAAAAAAGCAUUCUCAUCCUACUUAGCCUACCUAGAUUUCUCAUGACGAGUUUAAUGCAUGUCCGUGGUUGGGUGCACCUGUAGUUCUGUUUAUUGGUCAGUGAAAAUGAAAAAUUAAAAGUCAGCAUUCAUUGCCGCUCCAGUUUCUCUUCCAUUCUGUGUCACAGACACCGAUACACCACUCAUUGGAAAAACAAACAAACAAACAAACAAAUGCAAAAUGUACAAUGGAUGCAUUGAAAUUAUAUGUAAUUGUAUCAAUGGUGCAACAGUAAUAAAAGUUAAAUAAUUUAAAAAUAUCGAAA